AUGCCCCCUACUUUUUCAUCUUUAUCUAAACCUCCUUCUACUACGAAAAGCAUUAGCUCCUUUUUCAGUCCUGUCAAAAAGCCCGUAGAAAAUGACACUCGAUCAAAGAUCAAAGUCAACCCUAAUCUGAAGAGCACCAACCGUUCUAUGUUUGCCUCCAAAUCAUCUGUCUUCUCUCUACCCAGCAGCAGAAGUGGAAGCAGCAGUAGUACCGAAAACUUGACAGAGACAUUUGGAAAGGUUGGAUUCGACUCCAAGCCAAAGAAGCCGUUGAUUGAUCUCACUUCAGCAGCAGCGCCUAGAAGACGCUUGAAACAGCAACGACGACCCAUUGACAGUGACGAUGAAGAGGUGGUUGACUAUGAUAAUGAUGAUGAAGCCAACAUCACAGAAAACAAGCGUGUGUUGAGAGAAAGAAAACCAGUGAUGAAUCGCAUCAUUUUCUCCUCUGAUGAAGAAGCAGAUUUAGAAGAGGACGAUGAUGAUGCGCAGGUAGAUGAAGGCUCCAUGGAAGAUGACGAUGAGGAAUCCACAGGCACCAACACCAAAAAGAGACGCCAACCGUUCAGUGAUUCUGAAGAUGACAUGAUGGAAGAUGUGGAUGAUCAACUGUACAAUGAAAAGCUCACCAAGACAAUCGACCUUCAUCAAAAGACCAAGGAGACCAAGAAAAUGCAUUUUUUGAAGAAUCGUUUAUCAAAGCUGUCGAAUGGAGUUCAUGUGCCAGAUAAGGAGAUUAGAGCUGUUUUACGAAAGGAUCCAUCCAUUGUGAAUGCGUAUCAGACAUUGGCAACGAAAGCAGCCAGCAAGCCUAAACAUGUCAAAAAGCCUCGCUUGACGCAUAAACAUUACACUGAAAAGGACGGUGUGAUUGAACUCAGUGACAAUGACGGCGAUGGCGUAAUUGAAAUCAACACAGAAUCUGAAGAAGAAGAAGAAGAAGAAGAAGACUCUGGCGACGACGAUGACAGUGAUUCAGAUGCGGAAGAAGGUCGUCAAAUGGAGAAUAGACAGCAAAAACAGACAGCUGUCGUCUUGUACUUUAACACAUGCUCGUCAAAGGAUUUCCAGAUCAUGACAGGCUGCAAAUCCGCCUCUGCUGAUAAAUUGAUCGAAUUGCGACCCUUUGCUGAUGAAGACGAUCUCGAGACCAAACUAAGACAAACCAAGGGCCUGAGUCCCAAGUAUAUUGAAAACUGCUAUGAGAUGAUGAGUGGCUAUCGCGCUGUGGACCAGAUUAUCAAGAAGGUGGAGAACUUGGGCGUCAAGUUGCGCAACAUUAUCAACAUUUGGGAAGAACUCAACAACAGUCGACAAGGUUCACCUGCUGCUGCUGCUGCCACAUCCAAAGAUGAUGAGAACGAUGACGAUCAGCCUGGUAUGAGCCUCACCAGCAUAUCCUUGGACAGUGCUAAAGUAAAUUCAACUCGCUAUCGAGAUGCUCUGGAAGGAUAUCUCACGCAGCAACCAGACAUUGUCAACCCUGAAAUGACGCUAAAGGACUAUCAGAUUCUGGGUGUCAAUUGGAUGCUGUUGCUUUACCGUAAACGUAUCUCUGGCAUUCUGGCAGAUGAAAUGGGUCUAGGCAAGACAGCGCAGGUGAUCAGCUUUCUGGGUCGAUUGAAUGAAAUUGGCGAAACUGGUCCUCAUCUGAUUGUGGUGCCAUCUUCCACCAUCCAAAACUGGGAGCGAGAGUUUGAGCGCUUCUGUCCUGACCUGGAGAUCAGAGUGUACCACGGCUCUCAGCAAGAACGCAUGGAGCAACGCAUAAACUUACUGCAAGAAAAUCAAGACAACGAAUUUCAAGUCAUCAUUACCACAUACAACUUGGCUUCGGGCCACGCAGACGACAGAAAGUUCUUUAAAAAAUUAGCAUGUCAGUCCAUGAUUCUGGAUGAAGGCCAUAUGGUCAAGAACUGCACCAGUGCACGAUACAAGUCUCUCAUGGGCAUCAAGACGCCUUUCCGCCUACUUUUGACGGGUACACCGUUGCAGAACAACUUGCAGGAACUGGUAUCAUUGUUGACGUUUAUCAUGCCGGACACAUUUGCUCAGCACGAAGAAGACAUUCGCUCCAUCUUCAAGAUUCGUAAAUCGCAGACAAACGACACUAAAAACAGCGAGCUUGGGACAGCGGCCGACGAGACAUCGAUUCAAGUGCUUGCUAAAGAGCGUAUCAGCCGUGCCAAGAGGAUGAUGACUCCAUUCGUGCUUCGUCGUAAAAAGGAAAACGUGCUCAAGGAUUUGCCCAGGAAGGAACAGAUUAUCGAACACUGCGACAUGACUGAAAACCAAGCUAAAUUGUAUAACCAUAUUAUCGAGCAAACCAAAAAGAAGUACCAAGAAAUGCAAACAACAGCAGCAGAAGUAGCAGAACAGCAGCCACUUGUGGUGGAGAAAAAAACGGACAUGCAGGCACAGUUUGAGGACAUGUCCAAUGUUGUGAUUCACUUGAGAAAGGCGGCAGAUCAUCCCCUGAUGUUUAGAAAUGUGUAUACCGAUGACAUGCUGAGAGACAUGGCCAAGGAGCUUCACAAGGAUGUCAAGUACUGGGACUCCAACUUGGAAUAUAUGUAUGAAGAUUUCACAGUGAUGUCUGAUUUCGAGAUUGAUCGGUUCUGCAGAGAAGAGAAGAGAAUCCAACGCUACAGCUUAAAAAACCAAGAAUGGAUGGACUCUGGCAAGAUUGAACGACUCAAAGUAUUGCUGCCCAAGUUCAAAAAGGAGGGCAACAAGGUGCUGAUUUUCAGUCAAUUUACAAAAAUGCUGGAUAUCCUGGAACUCGUCAUGGAAACCAUCGAUAUCUCUUUCUUGCGACUGGACGGUGAAACCAAGGUGAUGGAAAGACAAAGCCUGAUUGAUGAAUUCAACGACAAUGCAGACAUCAACGUGUUUUUACUGAGCACAAAGGCUGGUGGCUUUGGUAUCAAUUUGACCUCUGCAAACAUUGUCAUCUUGUAUGAUAUCGAUUUUAACCCACAAAACGACAAGCAAGCUGAAGAUCGUGCUCAUCGUGUGGGUCAAACCAAGGAUGUGAUUAUCCACAAACUGAUUUGUAGCGACACAAUUGAAGAGUACAUUCUCAAGAUGGCCAAUAUGAAGCUGCGUUUGGACAAGAACAUGUCUUCAGCAGACGACGAGAUGCUGGAGGAAGAGGACAAUGACACUCCAGCAGGCAAUCGAAAAGGUGUGCAUUCCAUACUCAAAGAAGCCUUCCUUAUUGCAGAUAACCGAGCCAAGUAG